AACAAUAAAUGCGAUAUUAUUAAGCCCUGGAUUUUUAUGUUAAACUUUAGAUAUACUGAGUGAACGGAAAUAAAUCAUGUGCGGGAUAUUUUCAAAAUUGUCUAUUUUUCUAGCAAUUAUCACAGGUGUUUUUGCAGGUGAUUUUUGCUACACAAAUGAUGAUGGGUUCAAGUACUGUUUUGGACAAUGUUGUGACUUCAGUUUACCGUCUUUGACGUGGAGAUACUGUUGUAAUGGCGGAAGUAUUAAUGGAGGUGCCAUGAUAGGAAUCGGGAUUGCAUGUAUUAUCGUGAUAAGUUUGACCAGCACUAUCAUAUACUAUUUUUUCUGCUACCUUCCAAAUGAGAGAAAGAGAAAAAAUAAUCCAGAUCUGCCACCACCAUACUCUGCCGAGGGGGUAGCCAUGACCUCUUCUAGCCGUCAUAUGUUCCAGACGACCCCCGCACAACCGAACCAUGAAGCUCUGUAUAAUGAUGCAGCAGUUUCCAAAGAUGCACCACCUGCGUACGUAGCACCAACACAGUCAAGUAAAGUCACCAGAUCAAGUGAUCCUCUGGUCAGACCAUAUCGUGACCCAUUGCAAGCACGAACGCCUUUGUUUUGAAGAGGAUCUGACGUUACUCUUUGCUGUCAAGAAAGGCCUUUGUUGGGAACAUCUGACGUGACCCAUUGCAAGUUCGAAGGCUAUUGUUGCAUCACAUAACUAACAUAUGUACAUUGAUAAGGAAUAUGUGCGAUGAACGUAUAUCUCGUAAUGUGUGAGUUAUAAAUGGCAAUGAACGGUAAUAUUGUAUGACGUCAUUUGUUUUAAGAUUCUACUUUGUUAAUAAUACUUUUUAUACUCUUUGGAACUGCAAUUACUCACAGUCCGUUUAUUUUUUUUAGAAGAAUACACAAUCGUACAGCUAUACAUUGUUAAUACUA